UAGUAACAACUCUACGGCAUUCUGCCACAACGGCCACAACUCGCAAAGAUCUUCGAAGCGUUGCAUCGCAUUGUCACUUUUCGUCGAAUUAUUUGUCGUGUAUUUCGUCGAAUUAUUUUCUUCGUUGUUGAGAAAAAUCCUGCUAGAGCAUCAUGCCAAAGAAUAAAGGAAAGGGAGGUAAAAAUAGGAGAAGAGGAAAGAAUGAGAACGAAACUGAAAAGAGAGAGCUGGUGUUCAAGGAAGAUGGACAAGAAUACGCUCAAGUGACAAAAAUGCUGGGCAACGGUAGGUUAGAGGCCAUGUGUUUCGAUGGGGUCAAACGAUUAUGCCACAUCCGAGGCAAGCUGCGGAAGAAGGUUUGGAUUAAUCAAGGAGACAUCAUACUGAUCGGACUGCGAGACUACCAAGAUGCUAAGGCAGAUGUUAUAUUGAAGUACACGUCCGAUGAAGCACGUAACUUGAAGACUUACGGCGAAUUCCCAGAAACUGUGCGUAUCAAUGAUACAGUAACCUUCGUGGAAGAUGGAUUCGAUGAAGACAUUGAAUUUGGGGAUGAAAUUAGCGAUGAUGAUGAAGAUGAUGUUGACAAUAUCUGAUGACCCGCAGUUUAAUAAUAAAAAAGGUACAUCACGAGAUCGUACAUGGGAUCAUCUAUUCAUUUCAAAAAUACAAUUACACGUCAAAGUUUCCUUCUGUCGAGUAGCUCAUCUCACUGUAUGUAUCUACAAAUAAAUCGUCAGUUUAUGGGUAA